UGCAUACAUAACACUUCCUCUGUUCAGUGUUUGUAAAAAUGGAGCUGGGAGUGACGGGCUCCAUUCUCCUGGCUGUCUGUGUCAGUCUCGUAGUGUAUUUUUUCUCAUGGAAGAAGAAGAUGAGGAGCCAAAAACUGCCUCCUGGACCCCCCACAUUGCCCCUAUUAGGCACUGUUCUGCAUGUGAGCACCACAGAAAUGCCCCAGUCUUUGAUAAAGCUGAGUGAGAAGUAUGGACCGGUGCUCACCAUCUACAUAGGCAAUGAACCAUUGGUGUACUUGGUUGGCUAUGAUUGUGUGAAGGAAGCUUUGCUGGAUCACAGUGAUGUGUUCAGUGCAAGAGGGAACACUUUCUUCGCCACUGCGCUUUUCAAAGAUUAUGGAAUUGUACUGAGCAAUGGGGAACGCUGGCAACAGCUACGCAGAUUCUCACUGACCACCCUAAGGAAUUUUGGAAUGGGAAAAAGAGGAAUUGCGGAGCGGAUCCAGGAAGAGGCCCACUUCCUGGUGGAGCAAUUCAGGAAGAAUGGAGAAAACUUGUUUGAUCCAACGGAUUUGCUUCGUUUGGGGGUCUCAAACGUCAUCUGCUCUAUAGUGUUUGGAGAACGCUUUGACUACGAAGAUGAAAAGUUCACAAACCUUUUAUUCUUGCUGAAGGAGAUUUUAAACACCCUUGCCUCUGCAUGGGGUAUUUUGGUGAAUUUAUUUCCCAAUAUAUCACCAUACAUCCCUGGUCCUCACCAGAAAGUCUUCAGGAAUUUCGGCAAAGUCAAAGAAUUUAUUUCGGAGUCUGUAGAUCAUCAUAAGAAGACUAUCGAUAUGAACUGCCCACGAGACCUCAUUGACAGCUUUCUCAUAAAGAUUGAAGAGGAUAAGGACAAGCCAAACACUGAGUUCCAUUUUGAGAACUUAUUUAUGACAGUGUUAGAUCUUUUUAAUGCUGGAAUUGAAACAACCAGUGCCACCCUGAAGAGUGGUCUUCUCAUCCUGCUCAAGCACCCGGAUGUGGCAAAAAAGAUGCAAGAAGAAAUAGAUAACGUCAUUGGGCAGAGUCGAUUACCCUCAAUGGAAGAUCGUAUUAGGAUGCCAUACACAAAUGCUGUGAUUCAUGAGAUCCUGAGAUUUGCUGACAUAACUCCUUUGGGACUUCCACACUCAACCAGCAAAGAUACAGUAUUCCGAGGGCACAACAUACCAAAGGGUACAACAGUCUCCCCAUUGAUUACUUCUGUGCUAAAGGACCCAAAAUAUUUUAGGCACCCGCAAAAGUUUGAUCCUGGACAUUUCCUGGAUGAAGAUGGACAGUUGAAGAACAAUGAGGCCUUCAUACCAUUCUCUAUAGGAAAAAGAAGUUGUCUUGGAGAGGGUCUGGCUCGAAUGGAGAUCUUUAUUUUCCUUACCACCAUACUUCAGAAGCUUCAGCUAAAGACAGACAAAGCUAUAGAAGAUAUUGAAAUAACCCCAGAACCCGGCAAAAAUGGUGUUAUACUGAGAACAUACCAACUGUACGUGGAACCACGAUGAGGACACCAUGGAGAAUAUAAUGAAAAUGGAAACAGCUGAAAGUAUUUGAAUCAUAGGAUUAUGUGUAACAUGUUUGUUUCAUCUUCAUACAAUAAACAUUUUAUUUUUUGUGCUAAA